AUGUCUUUUACAUUGUGGUACACCAAGCCUGACGGCACCAAAAAACCAAUCAAGAUGUCCAUCUGGGAUGCUAUGAAGGGUGUCCCGGAUCCGAAUCCGAGAAAGCCAAAGCCCAAGCCGUGUUUGUGCUGUGGAAAGAGUCACGUCAAGGAUAAGCCUAACGAAGACAGCAAAUGCGAUGAAAAGAAGGAGGCCAAUGACAAUGACAAGGACAACCGCAACAAAGGCAAUGAUGACACCAAGGGGAAGAGCAAGAACGAAGACUCUGAUCUUACCGAGGACGAUCGGACCAUGCUCCGUAUGAAAAGUGAGAACCACCAGGCCCAAUGGAAGGAUAUCCUCGCAGUUACCACCAGCUUCAAGAAUGUGGGCGAGCUCAAGGCACGUUGGAGGCAGAUAAACCACCGACUCGAAGCGGGAAAUAAGGACAAUUUCAACGGAAGCAAGAAGAAGGACAGGGACGCGGAGAGGGAAGAGAGGACUAGGAGGGAUCGUGAGGAAGGCUUGAAGAGGAAAGCCGAACGGGAAGCUGCCAGAGCCAGGAAGGGAGAAGAGGAAAAGAAGGCAGAGGAGCAGAGAGAAGACGGUACCAGAUCUGAUAAGAAGGAUGAUGACAAUAAAUCUGCGACAUGGGACGGCAACGCAAAGAAAUCCAGCCCGUCACCAAACAGUCUGAAAGCGUGGGCCGACAACUACGACAAGAAGAAAUGGCAGAUCAUGGCUUCGAAACACUAUGACAAGACAGGCGAGCGCAUCACUGCCAGCCAAGCUCGGAAGCUGGCUGGGGCAAAGUGA